AGUUCCACCCCUUUUGAAGUCCAGCCUCCUAUCCUGGCUGUUAAGCCCGAGCAGCUGCAGGAGCUCCAGGUACUGUUUUCAUCUGCUGCCAGGAUGGGAGUGAUACGGCUGCCCAACCCAUGUUGGAUUCUAUGUUUUGCUUUUCAUGUUACCUUCAUUCUGCUUCAGCCAGCAACUGCAGAAAAAGAACUGAAGUUCGUGGUUGCAGUUUUCCGACAUGGUGACCGAUCACCUGUUGUAAACUUUCCAACUGAUUUACACAAAGAAAGUGAAUGGCCCCAGGGAUUUGGACAACUUACCAAGACUGGAAUGCAGCAGCUCUUUGAACUUGGACAGUACACGAGGAAAAGAUAUUCCAACUUUUUGAACAGCACAUACAACCGGAAAGAGUUCUAUAUACGAAGUACAGAUUAUGACCGCACCAUUAUGAGUGCCCAGUCAUACCUUUCUGGCCUCUUUCCACCAACUAGCAGUCAAAUUUGGAACCCUGACCUCCUCUGGCAACCAAUUCCUGUUCAUGUUGUGACAAAAUCAGCAGAUCUGAAGCUGCAUUUUCCUCUGCGUGACUGUCCUCGUUUUGAUAAACUUCAGAAGGAAACCCAAACAUCUAGUGAAUUUCAAAGUAGAAUACAACCAUAUAUGGAUUUUAUACAAACAAUGGCAGUUAACACAGGACUUGAACUAAACCACCUUAAAAUACUGGACAAUUUCCAGCUCUGGAAUACGUACGAUACACUGUACUGUGAGAGUAUUCACAAUUACUCUCUACCUGUAUGGGCCACCAAAGAUACAGUGGACAAGAUGGAAAAACUGGCAGAAUUGGCCUUAUUAUCAAUAUUUGGAGUUUAUAAAACAGAAGAGAAAUCACGACUACAAGGAGGUGUCCUUGUGAAUACUAUUUUAAAUAGUAUUAAGCAAGCUGCUAAUUCUUCAAAAGAAAGAAAAAUGGAGGUCUACUCUGCACAUGACACCACAAUUGGGGCCAUCCAGAUUGCUCUCAAUAUUUUCAAUGGAAAGCUGCCACCAUAUGCUGCUUGCCAGUUUUUUGAACUCUACCAAGAUGACAGUGGGCAGUAUAGCAUUGAAAUGCAUUAUCGGAACGACACUUCAGUGGAUCCUUACCUACUCACUCUGCCAGGAUGCACCUCUUCCUGCCCACUUGAGAAGUUUGCUGAAUUAGUUUCUCCUAUAAUUACUGAAAAUUGGUCAAAAGAAUGUGGGAAUAAAGACAAAAUGAAAGAUAUCUAUAUUGGAUUUAAUGUUGCUGUUGGCUUGUUGUUCAUUUUAAAUGUUAUUCUACUCUAUCUCCUUUAUCACUAUGGACGCUGCAGGCACAAAAACAAUUACCAAGACAUUUAAAAGAGAGGUGAAGAAAUAAAAGUGAGCGGUUAAACAUCAGGCAAUUCUUUAAAUUGCUCUGGCCAAAUAUUAUCUCCAAAGCAUAUUCCAACAAACCUGAAGAGCUGAGGUAUCAGUGGCCUCGGUCCUAAAAGACUGAGUAUCUACAGUGAGAAACACUGUAGAAAAUUAUUGUUAAGAAUAAACACUGGUAGAAAGAGAGAAUUACUUCAGUUUCUACCUUUAGGUUUUUCACUACUACUAAACAUUAUCAAGCCAUCCUCUAGGGUGAAGGAGUACUAUUGCCCUCUGCUUCUCCCUUCUCCUGCUCAAUAAGUCUUUUUUCAAAAAUUACAAACUAUAAUAUCUUUUUUACUUAUAAACAACUAUUUUGACUCUGCACAAGAAAAUGUUUUCAGUGAGCAGAAGCUGCAAUUACUGUGUGAAAAAUAUUCAUACCAGCACUUGGACAUAGUAUUUUUUGCAUUUACUCAUGCAAAUCCAUGCAUGGGUUUUCAGCUUGGCCUCCAGCUAAUUAAAGCCUGCUGCCUGUUUUUAAAGGAGUUAUACUACUACAGCUCUCCCAGAAAUUUGUAGAAAUCUCGGGGACUGUCACAAAAAACAAGCAUCAAGCAACAACUUAGUACAAAAGGAUCUUUGUCAGUGUCCACAGAUUCACUAAUACAGAUAAGUAAAUACACUGAACUCUAUUUUCUGUGACUACAUUCCCUUCCUAUUUUUCUGAGCUCCCAUUUAUGGAUGACGCUUUGCCCUACACCUCUGAUGGAUCUGUAUCCUGUCCAGCUUCAGGACACUGAUACAAUUUUAGUUCUUUCAGUUGUGCUUCCUCCAGCUACUGCUUUUCUCAUUGUUUUAAUUUAUAAGAACUUCUUGUCCUGCUCAAAAUCCCUUAAGUCAGCAAUACAUGCACUGGAAGAAAGAAGACAAUUCUGCUUUUUGUAUAUUGAUCUCUUCUGUGAAAUAUAUUUUAUUUGUUUAGAUUGUAAGCUUCUAGUGGUAGGGAAUCUGUUACCAUAAUUGCUCUCUAGUAUCAGAAACUACUAUUAUAAGCACUGAUAAUUGUUGUAUGAAAUAGUGCUUAUUGUCAUAUGUUUCAAGGGCUGAAUCAAGACUUCCAUCCUGCAGUCCUGCAGAGGAUACUGCGCAUUACAUUACCAUGAAGAAGCCCUUUUGAAAAUUGAUGACAUUUAUACAGACAAGUGCCAACAGCAAGUUCAGCCUGACAGAAACAGUAAGCAGUGGUGUGCUCAAGUUGAGUUUCACUGAGGUGCACAAGUCUAGAAAAAGCUGAGACGGAGCUGCUUAGGUCAAAUAUAGAAUCAUAUCUAUGUUGAUGCACUGUUUCUAGACUGACUUUAACACACAUCUGUGUGCUGCAAUUUGGAGCACAGAAGCUUGAUCUACAGAAACUGACCCUUAGUAUUACAUCAACAGACAUAUUUAAAAAAUGAUGUAAUUCGAUGUAUGAAUAUUAAAUAGCAGAAAUCAAGCAAAAUUACAAGAACCUGUGGGAAUAUAGGGCUUUCCAAGCAUCACUGUUUUUUCCUGCAGCGGUAUUCACCUUUUGAAGAAAUAUUUCCGCUUGGUAAAAAGCUUUUACUACUGUCUCUGACAUUUCCAUUUCAUCCAUUUUAGGAAACAGUUGUAAUCAAGUGAUGGGUUUGAUUCCUCCAUGGUAAAGAUCUUUUGUUGUAUAACAGCUCAGGGUAAAGUUCUCAAACAAACAAGCAAACAAACAAAAUAAAGCUAUCAGUAAAUCAGAUGUUUUGUAUGUACAAGCUUGAGAUUUUAACUAGUUGUUCUGACCCUCAUUGCAAACACUUCAUUGUUUAUAUGGUAAUCAAAAGUGUUAGAGCAGCUCUACAAAACAAGCCUAACCUGGUCUGUUAGCAGUAGACUCAUAGUAAGGUGGAGCUCAGCUCAAACAGCAAAACUUAUCCUGGCUAUGUAUUCUUACUGACUAUCAGAUGCUGAGCUCUAUUUCCAUGACCACAGAGCUACUGACACUCACUUAAGGACAGACUGGAUAUGGUUGUUUUUGUUGUUUUUUUACCAACAGCAGUCAGAUACUUGACAAAUGAAGAUAUAUCAUUGACUGAUAAACUGCAGCAAGAACUGUUUUCAAGAGAUCGCACUGUCAGUCAGUUGCACUUUACAGGAAGCAGAAUGGAGCAUGUUUUUCUGGCACUGAUUCUUAGAAAAAGAAGCACGCACAGGUAGAAAGUAAAAUGUGAAGUGUCUGAGACAUAUUUGUCAUUGAUGCUACUCAAGCAUAAGCUGUUUCAAAUGAUUUUAAGAGAUGAGGUAAUUUUGGUCAAAGCAGAUGCUGUCAGAAUUUUACUGUAGGAAAACCUGCUUUAUUAACAAAAAGUCAUAUCUGGAAAUGCCUGUCUACUUUUAGAAAGAAUCCAGUGAAUUCAAGUAACACAGAAUGUAAUGAACAGAUUCAGAUGUAACUUCAGAAUUAAUGAAGUUACAAUAAGGAUGCAAUGCAUUAGUAGCCUAGGUCCCAAAUCUCAGUUUUAGUAAAGAACCUUUGCCUUGUUUAAAGCCAGGUGGAGUAAAAGUUUUCAUUAGAUAAGCUCAUGGCAUUUUGUCAUUUUUUCACCUAUAUCUACAAUUUGCUCAGCAGAAUCCAUUGACUGUGAUUAGAAAAUAUCUUGUCUCCAAGUAAUUUGUAGCACUGAAAUAAACUAUGUUAAAGAAA